AUGCCUCCGUGGAGCGAACGGGCUCCAUUAUUCAAUAAGCGUCUGUCGUCGCUGCGUAAGGAAGAGCUACAGAGGCUGGCGGCACAUCUUGGGCUUGACGAAGGGGGCACGGUAGCGGUCCUCAAGGCCCGAGUAAGACAGAAGCUUCUGAGCGACAUCAAGUUCUAUAUGGACCACCCGGACUUCAGGGCCUUGUUCACAAGACACGAACUCGCGGACAUCAUCGAGGGGGCAUCAAGCUCUUCAGGCUCCCCCUUCCAUGGCAUCUCCCUCGAGGCGGAGGCGGCUCCGGAUGGCGAUCGCCCACAUGAGGAAGAGGAUGACGAAUCGGGGCAGGAGGGCAUAGGCCAAGACGCGGGGCUGGAAGGGGAAGAACCGGAUGAGGAUGGCGAGGCACGAACCCCACCGCCGUCAGAUGACAUGGGUGAGUCGUCGUUGUUGGAUCAUUGGUGGCUCAUCCCCCCCGACUCCGCCUACGUCCCCGACGCCGUCUGGCCAGGAGGACCCCAGCCUUCACCAGCACCGGGUGAGGCGACAAUCCAGCAGAGAUUCGGAGACAUGGCGAGGAUUGGGAAGCCCACCACCGAAGCCUCACCACCGGAAGCGGACACGCGAUCGGUCACGCUCCGGGCGGCGCCAUUCCCACCGCACCUCACGCGAAAGGAAGAGAAGGCGUAG